GCAACGAUAAUUCGACUCAAGUUUUCUCUCACUUACAGAACCUAGGACUCCCUACAGCGCUUCGCUGGACUCAUCCUGAUCCACUCCUCGAUAGCUCCUGUAUUUUGACCCUUUCGAGGGCUCCGCGGACAUGGCAAGGUCACGACAAACAAUCGACCUCGCAGUCUUGAGCUGCCGGUUUCCCAGACUCACCCACAAGCCCAGCUCAACGCUCGCAACCAGGGCGCGCCUCUUGUCGUCGUCGGCUACAGUACAAUCCCGACAUGGGCGCAUUCCCCUUCACAUCCCCCCGCCGUUCCCAGUGACCAAGUCGUGCCCGGAUCCCAGCUGCUCAUGUCCUCCCACCCCGGAUCUGCCCGCGCCGAUCGACCACGACCAGGCUCUCAAUGGCACAAUGGCGGCCUACGCGGAGCAGCUUCUUGUGUGCACCGGUCAGAGGGACUGGACGAGCCGCAUAGAGGAUGAUGGUGAGGGACACAGCUGGGGGGAUCUCGUGCGGGGUCUGAAGGGUCUACUCGGACGCGGCGGGCGAUUCGCCGACCCCUACCAUAACAUCCUCAUCACGAAUUCCUCGUUCGCGCCGUCAUCGCAAACCUCACCAGCCUCGUCCUCGUCCCAACCAGCAGCCUCCGCCUUCCUCUUCCCCAGCUUCAAAUACUUCCCUUCCAUCCCCACUCCACCAUCCCCGGAGAACACAGAGAACACCGACCUCUCAACCUUCGUCCAAGCCCAUCUCCUCCCCACCAAAGCGCGACACGGCGGCCCCAGCCGCCGCCCGGAACUAGCGGCCGCCCUCCCCGAGGCCAUCGACCUCCGGCACUCGCCCGUGGUCCUCAUCUGCGGGCACGGCGGGCGCGACAUGCGCUGCGGCGUGAUGGCGCCCGUCCUGGAGACGGAGUUCCAGCGCGUGCUGCGCGAGAAAGGGUUCGCCGCUGCCGACGGCGACGGCGACGGCGACGGCGACGGCGACACCGCGGCGAGGAUUGAUCGCCCGGACCGGGCGCAUGUCGGGCUGAUCAGUCACAUCGGCGGGCACAAGUACGCUGGAAACGUCAUCGUGUAUAUCCCGCCGGGGAUGACGGUGGUCGGGGAGGACUCAGCUUCGGCGGUGCUGCAUCCGCUGGCCGGGAAGGGGAUCUGGUAUGGGCGCAUUGAGCCCCGGCAUGUGCAGGGCGUGGUGGAGGAGACGAUUCUGGGCGGGAGGGUGCUGGCGGAUCACUUUCGGGGUGGGGUGGAUCGGGAGAGUGGGAUUUUGCGGCUGUGA